UGACUAUAAAAAUGCAUUGGAUAAUCCAGAACUUAUUAUUAUUGCAUUUAUUAUUUUAUUCUAGUUAUUACUACAUGUAUUAUUUUCCUGUAUUUAUUAAUAUUAUUAUUAUUACAUGCAUUAUUUUACUCUAUUAUUAUUAAAAGGAUACAUAAGCACAUUUAUAUUGAAGAAGAUGAGAAGAAUGAUUUGAUCAGAGUUGGACAGUCUUAUCUUAAAUUUGAGCUUUAUGUAAAUAUUCAAAAACAUUUAACCUACUGACGCCUCAAUUAAUGUAAUUUCAUUGGUAUCUGUUUUUAUUUCUAAAAUUUACCACUCUCGGCUUAUAUUGGAGUCGAUGUUUUCCCAGUUUUUUUGUGGUAAAAUUUCGUGCCUCAGCUUAUAUGUGGGUUGGCUUAUACUCGAGUAUAUAUGGUAUCUUAAACUGGACUGAUAAGCUAUGACCUGUGUUAUGCUGAAUACAUGAAGGUUGUGAGUAAACCAAAUACAUUAUUUUACCAAAGUCUACUACAUUUUUAUCUCUUGAGUGCACUAUAUAAUACUAGUUUUUUUAUGGGAGAGUAGAUACAGUAGAGUCUCACUUAUCCAACAUAAAUGGGCCGGCAGAACGUUGCAUAAGCGAAUAUGUUGGAUAAUAAGGAGAGAUUAAAAAAAAGCCUAUUAAACAUCAAAAUAGGUUAUGAUUUUACAAAUUAAGCACCAAAACAUCAUGUUAUACAACAAAUUUGAUGGAAAAAGUAGUUCAAUACGCAGUAAUGUUAUGUUGUAAUUACUGUAUUUACGAAUUUAGCACCAAAAUAUCACGAUAUAUUGAACAUAUUGACUACAAAAAUGCAUUGGAUAAUCCAGAACCUUGGAUAAGCAAGUCUAGGAUAAGUGAGACUCUACUGUACCAACUAAACAGUUGAUUGAAAAAGCACAUAUAAAAAGUAUAAAAAUACGGUAUCUUAAACUGGACUGAUAAGCUACGUAUGUACCUGUGUUAUGCUGAAUACAUGAAGGUUGUGAGUAAACCAAAUACAUUAUUUUACCAAAGCCUACUUCAUUUUUGUCUCUUGAGUGCAUGAUAUAAAACUAGUUUUUUAUGGAACAGUAGAUAUGUAUUUUGGGCACUAAAAACACUUCUGAAACUCUGCUAUUUUGUGCACUGGCAUGAUCUCUGUUUUCCGAACAGAUCAGAGACAACAGGUUCAGUCUAACAACUGAAGACAUUGCCUUGCAUAUUACACCUGGUUGUAUAUCAUAUGAGAAGAUUCUACUCAAACGGGUUUUUGUCUCUUCUCUGAAAGAUCAAACUUUUCCAAAAAGUCAUGAUCUCCAAAUGGUUAUGAAUGUCUGCAAGACCUGAGUUGAGAAAUGAAGAUCUUGGAGGUCUUAGAGUCAGUGUAAGUCAAAUGACAACAAAGUAAAGGUAACACCACAAUAUCCAGCAUUCAUUUAGGAACAUACAUACAUGUAGGUCACACUACUUGUAACAAAGUGUGAUUUUUUAUUUACAGAUGCCAUGUUUAACUGUGUUUUUAAAAGGGUUAAUAUUUCAGUUACUCUGCACCAUGAGUUGGUUGCCAUGGAGAAGGGGGCGGAGCCAACUGGGUUAGCUGAAGAGAAAGUAGAAUUUGGAGGGAAACUCAGUCAGUCUGUGGUCAGAGAACCAUAGGGAAGGUUAGUUUUUAGAGUCAGUGCCCUUAUGAGGUACCGGGAGACUGAUUCUGGUUGAGGGAUCAGGGUGGCUCAAAUGUUUGAUUUUUGAGUCAAUUUUAAGAUCAGUACCGGGAGACUGAUUCUGGUUGAGGGAUCAGGGUAGCUCAAAUGUUUGAUUUUUGAGUCAAUUUUAAAAUAAGUUUGGUGACUUAUUUUAGGUAGUCUGUGCCCUGAUAAGGUACAGGGAGACUGAUUCUGGUUGAGGGAUCAGGGUGGCUCAAAUGUUUUAUUUUUGAGUCAAUUUUAAAAUAAGUUUGGUGAUUUAUUUUAAGGUAGUCUGUUUCCAGAUAAGGAACAGAUAGGUUGUGUUUGUAAUUCACAGGGUGAAAGUAGUUAAAGCAGUAUAGAAAGAAGUGGAGAAAGAAGUGACCUUUUAGGAAGUUUGGAACACCUCAAUAUAGUUUUGCAACUGUUCAGUAACUGUUCAAACAAGAAGAAAAGUUAUUGUAACCAUCAAGCUUGUGCCUAAAUAAAUGUGUUAUUAUUCCUUCAAACAUCUCAGUCUCUGUCAUAUAUAUACACACAUUAAGAAUAAACAACAAGAAGAAAGAAAAACAAAAUUUAAAAAGUCUCCUGUCUAAGUAGCCAGUGGCUAAAUAUUCCUAUAGUGGUGGCAAGAGCUGAUGACCCCCUUGACAUCUGGUGGCUGCAUUAUAAACAUUUUUACCUCUGGUGGCAGCGUAAAUAAACAUCUUUAAUAACUGGUGGCAGCGGAUAUAAUAUAUGUGUGUGUGUGUGUGUGUGUGUAUAUAUAUAUAUAAUUAAUAGGAACUCCUCCACAUCUCCACAAUCGGUGUCAGAGGUGGGAUUUUUAAAAAGAUUUCUCCUCCUGCCUGACAUCUUUACAAAUUGGUGGCAGCAGUGGGAUUUCAAAAGAUUCCCCCCGCCAUAGAUCUUUACACUACUCAUGCUAACUAUUAUGCUGCAUGGCAACAGGGCUCCCCGUGGAUAUAUCUAUGUGUUCAAUCUUUGUUUUUCCAUCCUGCAGAGAGGCCUCUUGCAACCUGAAACCAUCUCCCAGGAGUGUAACCUGAACUCUAGCGGACUCAGCUCCCACCGUUGUCUUUGUUCAUCAUCUCAUCAUAAGAUAUUGUUAUGGGAACUCUAGCUCCCAUCAGUCCCAUCCAGCAACAAGGGAAGAUGGGAACAGUCGAUCAGAGAAGGAGAAUCAGUGGCUGCUACCUGUUCUGACCCAUUGAAGAAGGAAAGAGAAUUCAAAAGUCUGCACAUUACUUUUAGUUGGCCUAAAAAAGGUUCAGCUAUGAUUCACUUCUGCCUGGCCCACGCUGCAUACCAUAUGGGCAGAAUCCUACCAAAGCGCCACCACUUCAGACUGUAAGCAUGCCCUCCAACAUUUCACAAAGGAGAAUGACUUUCCAGGGAUCAACAACUGAUGCAACUCUGAUCUUCUUGCACAAUGUGAUGGGGGAUGGGAAAGAUAUUUUUGGACAGCUCCCAUGUGUCCUAGACAAUUAUCUAGGGAACCUGAGAGUUGUAGUGGUUAUUUCUACACUUUUGGGACACAAAUGGAAUCUAAACCACUGGGUCUGUGGCAGGUCACGUCCCCACUCCCUCAAAACCCGGUCUGAGAUAACUCAACUCUAUUUCUCCUUUUUUCUCAGCCAGCUUGUCAUCUUUGCCACUGGGAUCUCAGUUCUCCUCCUCCAACUCCACAUCCUGCUAAGACCCAAGUCUGCUCGCUACUGCAGCCAGCCCCUUCUGUACAACCUUGUCGGAAGCAUCGUCUUCACCUUCUUUGCCACAGGCCUAUCUCUGCUGCUGGUCAUGCUGGAACCUAUUCCAUGGGAACUCAAGACCGCUUUCUCUACCUUUGGAGUGGCAUCUUUUGCCCAAGGAGUUUGUACCACCGCACUGACUGCCCUGGCAACACAAUGUGCCAAAACCACCCCUGAACUAUUUUACUUCUCAGUGAUUCUGUCCGUAAGCAAUGUGAUGACAGCUGCGUUUUUCUGUAUCCUGGCACCAUUCUGGUUGGCCAACAUGAUCUCUCCUGGCCUGAUCCUGAACAAGGAGACCAGGACUGGGAAAUGUUACAAGCCAGUAUCCGAAUGCAACUGCCUGUGGCAUGUGUGACCCAUAAAGUGCCGGGCAAUGGCUUCAUCGAUUCCUUUAGCACCGUCCCUAAAAAUGAUGGGCACCCUGCUAAAUUCACUUUGCUUCCAUCCGUUCUUCACCCAUGGAGAAAACUGACUGAUCUCUGCAGAGGCCAUGAUAGAAAGAUAUUCAGAACCAAGGACAGAAUUGAGGUCUUUAACUAUUUAUACGUUGCUCACGUUAGGUGGUGUUCUGAGUUGAAAAGGCAAGGUUUGGAGGAGUUUUAUAAAAGCAGGAGGGAGAAUACGGUUCCCAGACUUCAAACCGGCUUUCAAGUGUGCUGGAUCUCACCGUCCACAUUUUGAAACGUCCCGCAAGCUCCUUUUUUGUUGCCGCCGCAUAGAACAAUUAGCAGUCACAAGCCCUGCGCGUGGAGCUUGAAGUAUGGCAGGAGAAGCCACAGGGAGACAGUUGCCAUGGGAACUGGCAGGGAACCGGAGACAGGCGGAGAAGGGCGUAAGAUGUUUCAGAACCAGGAGCAGGUUGGAAGCGGGGAUUUUUGGGACAGCACCUUUUCCUGAAUGCAAAUAUUCAAUAGAUUCCUCAGUCUGGAAAGACAGGCAUGUAACACCUAUAGGCUGCAUGAGCACUGGAAACCAACACGGAGGCCAAUAAACAAUCUAAUAUCUUUAUUAAAGCAAUAAAGGAAUCAAACAAAAAUAAGCAGAGUGUAUAGUCCAGCAAUAGUCCUUUAAGGAAAGGUCAAAUAUAGUCCAGCAAUAUAAAGUUUAAUGUCCAGUAUUAGAGAUCAAGUGUUCAAAUCCAAUAACCAAAACACACUCAAACUUCCAAGCAGUUUGAGUGGGGAAUAAAGCAAGGUCUCUCAAGAAAGUUCCAGGUUCAAUGUCCAAUGCAGGGAAUCAAGGCAAGGCAAGGAAGCAAGGCAAGGCAAGGUUGGUCGUGGUGGAACCGAAACGCAGUCCAGUCUUGGCAAGGGAACGGAACACAACGCCCGGUCUACUCGAGGGUAGCGCGCCGUCAGGCCGCUGAUAUUCACAGGAACAAGAGGCGAUGUUAACCUUCCAACUGUCACGUUGACACCGCAACGGGUAGCCUGUGCCCAGAACUUUUAUGGAAGUUCAAAAACUCCCCGAACCAGGUGUCUGAGUCCACAUUUUCCCAAGGGAAACGGACUGAUGACAACAACCUGCCAGAUGUAAGCCUCCCUGAAUCUUCCCAAGAGAACCAGUUUAAUUAUAAUCCUCUCUCUUCGCUAAUCUCGCACUUUGUCUCUGAAACUCCUUUUGGGAGCGAUGUGUUUUGAGAAACGACUUUCUAUCAAACACAACACUGUCUGGGGAACCAGGCUCUGAUUCAAGAGCUUCCGUAAUUAGUUUUGGCACCAAACUGUCAACAGGGGACAUCUGGAAUGGAAUGGAAUCUUGCUAAGUUGGGAAAAAACCCAUAUCCUCUUCAGUUUGAUCUAUGAUGGCUGCGGUGUCAUGGCUCAAGGGUCUCUGAGACAUCACAAGGCAGAUGCAAGGUUAAACUGCAAGGCAAGGCUCGAAAACUUGAUCCGGGAAGCAAGGAACUGGGGUUACGAAGUCCACACACGAUCUCUCUCCUAAAGCUGAUCAAUUGACUCCGCAAAGAAUCUCUCGCGCCAAACCCCUAUAUUGGGUCUCGUUUUCCCGCCAACAAUCUCUUUCCCUAGAGAACGAGAAGCGAAACCCACUCUGUCCAGAUGCAUUACUCCUUAGAAUUUCCCAAGGGAAGCAGACUUAAUCAGCCAGUUGUUUGGCAGUGAUUCUUAAGCUUCUCCGAUUAGCUUCUCUAACUCCUCUGUCUCUAGAAUAAGAUUCCUUCCUGGGAAACGGAGGGGAGUACUGCCCAAGGCCUGGUUUACUGAAUUCUUGAGGGCAAACAUCAACAUCCGGCAGGUGAAGGGACUCCGGCUCUUGUUGAACCGGCGAAAACCCCAUGUUUUCCUCUUCAUCUGCCACGAUAGUACCAGGAACAGGACUACAAGGCCCAUGAGGCAUCACACUAGGCUAGUUUUGACUGACAGCCUGUUGUGAUUGCUAUGACCUAUCAGGCAUGGUUUCCGGCUUUGGAGGUCGGAACUUCCUGCAGACUGAGGAAUGUGUUUUUCUUAUCUCUGUGAGUGUUGAGCUGGUGCUUGCCGAGGCAAGAGGUUAAAGAAGAAUGCCAGCUCAGAGUGAUGGCUUUUGCUAUGCUUUGUAAAUAUGUAUUAUAUUGAAUAAAUCUUUUGAUUUCAGACUA